AUGUCUGCCGACACUUCUGCUCAUCCGCAAGGCGCUUCACUCUACGAAGAAACGAAUGUGAUGACCGAUGCUGCAUCAGCUCCACCAGCUCUACCACCCGUCGCCGCACAACCAACUGUCGGCACCCCAAACAAAGCCGCACAAGCCUACUCAGAUCACGCUGAGUCGGUGGUGAGCCUUGCGCACAAGUAUCGCGCCGAAUUCGAGGAAACAUUCGAUGGACUUCGACAACGGGCAAUUAAGCUUCAGGAACAAGCCCCGCAACUCAUCAGUCAAAUGCAAGCCAACAUUGAGCCGUACAAGCAGGAUUUCCUCAACACCGUGCAAGCAUUCGGCGAUGUGGCCACCCCUGCACUCACCGUUCUCGAGACCCUUUCGUGGAGUGCCGUGCUCGUCUUGGCAUCAAACGUCACUUCCUACGUGUCAGCCUAUCUGUAUGCCCCAAUUCUCUCAUUGGCUCUCGGUGAAUGCGGCGCUUUGGGCCUGGCUUUGACUGCAGUUCCCGUUUAUGCCUAUUGGACAAUUCAAAAGUAUUUGGCUGCAAGUGCGAAAGAUGUGACAAUACGUUUCCAUCUACUCGCCGUGGCACUGCUUGAGGGUCUACUUGUCGGAUUCAUUCAGCAGAACUCCUACCUUUCGGGCGCUCCACUGGGCGAUCUUCUGCUCGCAAUCACCGCUUUCGUCUAUGCAUUUGCUGCUGAGAAAUUCGGAAACAAACGCCAAAUGUUAUUGUCGCAAGCAUUGGGUGCCUCGAUUGGUGUGACGCUUUUACUGGGUUUCCUCACCGCACAGUUCACGUUGCCCUAUUUGCUGCUCACUCUUCUCUACGGAGCAAUCACCGCUCGGUACCCACCUACAACUACCAAUUGGCCCUUCUCACCGCUUUCACCGCCGCCAACAUUGCCACCCAUUUGGUCUUUGGAAUGGCCGGAAACGAAUACUCCCGAUACAAGAAGAGCCGAUGAAAACAAAUUGGUGCCCGCAAAGUCUCUUCUUGCACAACUCAUCUUAUUCUCUGCAAAUCGACCCAAAACAUCGAACACA